UCUAUUCGUUGCGUGGAAUAUGGUCAUCAGAAAUAUAAUAUGUAAAUAUGUAACAUAUGUUCAGUUCUCAGAUACCUCUUUUAAUUCUUUGUAGGUGUAUUGUUUUGUUUUACUUAUAAUAAAUUAAGUACUUGAAAGUAAUUGGAAUUUUAUUGGAAUCUGCCAUAAUGGAGACCGACGAUAAUUUGAAUACAAUAAGCAGCAAUGGCUCGAGUACUAAGGUGUCUGAAACCAGUGGAAGUAGUGGUGAAUAUGCUUAUGAAAUUUCGGAUUUCGCAUUGAAAACGUGGAAAACAAAUUCCGACGAAGGAGAUCCAACUGGCCAAGUUCCGGAAGACAAUCAAAUAGCAUUAUCCUGGUGCCAUAUAAACGUUUAUGGUAGCCGGAUAUCAGCUAAUCACAGCACCAAUGUUUUGUCAGCGAUAACAAGAAAUGAAACGAAAGAAAAAUCACACAUAUUGAAAGAUGUGAGUGGCUCGGCAAAAGCAGGUGAAUUUCUGGUGAUUAUGGGUUCCAGUGGAGCUGGCAAAACUACCCUCCUUAACUGUCUUACAUUCAGGAACCUUAAAGGUCUGGAGAUAUCUGGUUUAGUUUGUAUGAACAAUGUGCCUACUACCCAAGCCCAACUAGCAGCGAAUUCGGCUUAUGUACAACAAGAUGAUCUCUUCAUUGGCUACUUAACAGUUAAAGAACAACUCUUGUUUCAGUCUUUGGUGAGAAUGGAUGCAGAAUACACUAUGGAGGAAAGAAAACAGCGUGUUGAAGAAGUAAUGAUCGAGCUAGCCCUAAAAAAAUGUGAAAAUUGCCAAAUUGGUGUACCAGGAAUAGUAAAAGGUAUAUCUGGAGGGGAACGAAAAAGACUGGCCUUAGCUGGGGAAUUCCUAACAAAUCCGUCAAUUCUAUUUUGUGAUGAACCAACUACUGGACUAGAUUCCUUCAUGUCCCUCAAUGUCGUUCAGUUAUUGAAAGACAUAUCCAGAACUGGUCGUACAGUUAUUUCGACUAUACAUCAGCCUUCUUCUGAAUUAUUCCUGCUUUUCGACAAAUUAUGUUUGAUGGCACAAGGAAGAACAGCUUUUUUGGGCACCACAACGGAGGCGGAGACUUUUUUCACUAAACUAUCCGCCCCUUGUCCUUUGAACUUCAAUCCGGCCGAUCAUUACAUUCAAAUAUUAUCUAUCAUACCUGGGUGUGAAGAAAAUUGUAAAAGAUCUAUCAAAUCUAUUUGUGAUGCCUUCGAGUCAUCUAGCUUAGGUAUACAAAUACGAAAGUCAGCAAAAAAAAUUGUGAAAGAUGCGGAAAAAAUCGAUGAACCUUGGAUACAUAAAGAAGGUCUUUUGAAUCCUUACAGGGUUGGAUGGUUACCACAGUUUUGGGCCUUGUUAUGGCGCAGUUGGUUAUCUGUAAUAAAAAAUCCAGCAGCUACCAAAAGGAGAUUUGUCUUAGUUUUCAUAGAGACUCUUAUCAUAACAAUAAUUUACUUCGGCCAAAAAUUGAACCAGAGCGGCAUAGUUAAUUUGGAUGGUGUAUUCUUUUAUCUCCUGGUCAGUACAUCUUACCAGAAUGUAUUUGGAGUUGUGAAUACACUUUGCGGGGAGAUUCCUCUAUUCGUUAAAGAGCAUAAAGAUGGAAUGUACAGGACCGAUGUUUACUAUUUGACUAAAGUAAUAACCGUCAUACCUGUUUCCGUUUUUUUGGCUUGCUUGAAUACCACUAUGUGCUAUUAUGCUGUUGGUCUUAAUCCAGAAGUCGACCGAUACCUGACGGCUGUUUGUCUCACUAUAUUAGUCUGCUUAUGUGGCCAAGGUCUUGGGUUUAUCAUAUCCACUGUAUCCCCAUCGUUCGAGUUAGCUCCUCCAAUCGUAAGCAUCGUUGUGUCGCCAUUACUGAUGCUUGGAGGAAUAUUUUUGAAUUUCAGAUCGAUACCAGGAUAUCUUCAAUGGUUAUCUGAUUUGUCUUGGUUCAAAUUCGCGUUUGAGGCCUAUAUGAUAAACCAAUGGUCUAAUGUUGCUCAUAUUGAAUGCCAUCAAAAUUCGAGUGCCAAUUCAAUAUGUCUGACAAAUGGUAUCGACGUACUACAUAAGCAGUUCAUCAGUUUGGGAGAAUUCUGGCCAGCCAUCUCUGCACUAAUUUUUCUAGCCCUUAUGUUUCGAGUUGUCGGAUUCUUCAUUCUUCUCUUCAGGGUAUCAAACGAUGAGUAAUAGUGAAGUCUUCAUUCAUUAAACGUUCCCAUCAUGAAUUUGUUCAUGUCCAUGCUUCAAUAUAAUAUGCAUUAUAACUCAGUAAAUACUUACACAC